GGCCGCCUUUUGCAGCAGUUAGCCAUGACUGGCACUGAAGAGGGAGAUCCCCGGACCAAAAAUAGCCUUGGAAAAUUUGACAAAGGCUGUGUAGCUGCUUUCCUUGAUGUUGUAAUUGGGGGCCGUGCAGUGGAGACUCCGCCAAUGUCCUCUGUUAAUCUUCUGGAAGGCUUGAGCAGAACUGUGGUUUACAUAAGUUACAGUCAGCUUAUUACUCUGGUGAAUUUUAUGAAGAGUGUGAUGUCUGGAGAUCAACUGAAAGAAGAUAGAAUGGCUCUUGACAAUUUGUUGGCGAACCUGCCCCAGGCUAAGCCGGGAAAGAGCAGCAGCUUAGACAUGACUCCCUACAGCACUCCUCAGAUGUCUCCAGCCACCACUCCAGCCAACAAAAAGAAUCGGUUACCUAUAGGACAACAAUUAGCAGCCAUCACUGCCUGGGAUUCCUCAGCCACCAAUCUUACUGCUCAUAUUCCUCUAGUAACCCCUUUUGCAACUCGGAGCAGAAGCCGAACUAAUAUAUUAAUGGACCUACAUAUGGACCAUGAAGGAUCAUCUCAAGAAACCAUCCAGGAGGUACAGCCAGAAGAGGUGCUGGUCAUUUCAUUAGGGACAGGUCCCCAGCUUACUCCAGGGAUGAUGUCAGAAAACGAGGUUCUAAACAUGCAGCUUUCGGAUGGAGGACAAGGAGAUGUCCCUGUUGAUGAAAACAAACUCCACGGUAAACCUGAUAAAACCUUGCGCUUUUCCCUCUGCAGUGAUAAUCUGGAAGGCAUAUCUGAAGGUCCUUCUAAUCGCUCCAAUUCAGUGUCUUCUCUCGACCUGGAAGGAGAGUCUGUAUCUGAACUUGGGGCAGGACCUUCUGGGAGUAAUGGAGUUGAAGCACUACAGCUGUUAGAACAUGAGCAAGCUACAACACAAGAUAAUCUUGAUGAUAAGCUGAGGAAGUUUGAGAUUCGUGACAUGAUGGGACUAACAGAUGAUAGGGACAUAUCAGAGACAGUGAGUGAGACCUGGAGCACGGAUGUCCUGGGAAGUGACUUUGACCCAAAUGUUGAUGAAGAUCGUUUGCAAGAGAUUGCAGGUGCAGCAGCAGAGAAUGUGUUAGGCAGUUUGCUCUGCCUCCCAGGCUCAGGGUCAGUUCUCCUUGACCCUUGCACUGGCUCUACCAUAUCAGAGACUACAAGUGAAGCUUGGAGUGUAGAGGUAUUGCCAAGUGACUCAGAGGCUCCAGACUUAAAGCAGGAGGAGCGCCUCCAAGAGCUGGAGAGCUGUUCUGGACUGGGCAGCACGUCUGAUGAGACGGAUGUCAGGGAGGUCAGUUCCCGCCCCAGCACACCAGGCCUCAGUGUUGUGUCCGGGAUAAGUGCUACAUCAGAGGAUAUUCCCAAUAAGAUUGAAGACCUGAGAUCUGAGUGCAGCUCUGAUUUUGGGGGUAAAGAUUCUGUAACCAGUCCAGACAUGGAUGACAUAGCCCAUGGCGCCCACCAGCUGACCUCUCCUCCCUCUCAGUCAGAGUCUCUGCUUGCCAUGUUUGACCCACUGUCUUCACAUGAAGGAGCCUCUGCUGUAGUAAGGCCGAAGGUUCACUACGCCCGGCCCUCACAUCCACCACCGGAUCCCCCAAUUCUGGAAGGUGCAGUGGGAGGAAAUGAGGCCAGGUUGCCCAACUUUGGUUCUCACAUUUUAACUGCAGCUGAAAUGGAGGCUUUCAAGCAAAGGCACUCUUACCCUGAGAGACUGGUUCGCAGCAGGAGUUCUGAUAUAGUAUCUUCUGUGCGGCGACCCAUGAGUGACCCAAGCUGGAACCGACGUCCAGGGAAUGAAGAACUCCCUUCAGCUGCAGCCACUGGUGCUACUUCUUUGGUGGCUGCACCUCACUCAUCAUCUUCGUCCCCUAGUAAGGACUCUUCAAGAGGAGAGACUGAAGAGCGCAAGGACAGUGAUGAUGAGAGAUCAGACAGGAGCAGACCUUGGUGGAGAAAGCGAUUUGUUUCAGCUAUGCCUAAAGCUCCUAUACCAUUUAGAAAGAAAGAGAAACAAGACAAAGACAGAGAUGAUCUGGGGCCUGACAGAUUCUCAACACUCACAGAUGAGCCCAGCCCUAGGCUCAGUGCACAAGCUCAGGUUGCUGAAGAUAUUCUGGACAAAUAUCGGAAUGCCAUUAAGCGGACCAGCCCCAGUGAAGGAGCAAUGGCCAAUGAUGAGAGUGCAGAGGUCAUGGGUGACGGUGAAAGUGCUCAUGAUUCUCCCCGGGAUGAAGCACUGCAGAACAUCUCAGCUGAUGAUCUCCCCGACUCUGCCAGCCAAGCAGCCCAACCUCAGGAUUCUGCUUUCUCUUACAGAGAUGUAAAAAAGAAGCUGAGGCUCGCACUUUGCUCUGCAGACUCCGUGGCCUUCCCAGUGCUAACUCACUCAACAAGGAAUGGGUUGCCAGACCAUACAGACCCGGAAGACAAUGAAAUUGUAUGCUUCUUAAAAGUUCAAAUAGCUGAAGCAAUUAAUUUACAAGAUAAGAACUUAAUGGCUCAACUUCAAGAAACAAUGCGUUGUGUAUGCCGCUUUGACAACAGGACAUGUAGAAAAUUGCUGGCAUCCAUUGCUGAAGACUAUAGAAAAAGAGCCCCAUAUAUUGCUUAUCUUACCCGCUGUCGACAAGGACUGCAGACCACACAGGCUCACUUGGAAAGACUCCUGCAAAGAGUUUUGCGAGACAAAGAGGUGGCCAACCGGUACUUUACCACUGUCUGUGUGAGGUUACUGCUUGAGAGCAAAGAAAAGAAGAUCAGGGAGUUCAUUCAAGACUUUCAGAAACUUACUGCUGCUGAUGAUAAGACUGCUCAAGUGGAGGAUUUUCUACAGUUCCUCUACGGUGCAAUGGCUCAGGAUGUCAUCUGGCAGAAUGCCAGCGAGGAGCAGCUGCAGGAUGCCCAGCUGGCCAUUGAGCGGAGUGUGAUGAAUCGGAUCUUCAAACUUGCUUUCUACCCUAACCAGGAUGGGGACAUCCUUCGAGACCAGGUUCUACAUGAACAUAUCCAGAGAUUAUCCAAAGUAGUGACUGCAAACCACAGAGCUCUGCAGAUUCCAGAGGUUUAUCUUCGAGAGGCACCGUGGCCAUCUGCACAGGCAGAAAUCAGGACAAUAAGUGCUUACAAAACCCCUCGGGACAAAGUGCAGUGCAUCCUGAGGAUGUGCUCCACCAUCAUGAACCUCCUGAGUCUGGCCAAUGAGGACUCUGUCCCUGGGGCAGAUGACUUUGUUCCUGUGUUGGUGUUCGUGUUGAUAAAGGCAAACCCACCCUGCCUGCUGUCUACUGUGCAGUACAUCAGCAGCUUCUAUGCCAACUGUCUGUCUGGAGAAGAGUCCUACUGGUGGAUGCAGUUCACAGCAGCAGUGGAGUUUAUCAAAACCAUCGACGACAGAAAGUGACCAAGACCAGCCCCCCCAAGGCAGCAGACUGUAGCCAGGAAACACAUCUCUAAGAAUGUGUAGCAGCUUCCUUGAAAGCUGAACAUUGUUUUGUCUGAUGCUGUAAAGCUUCCAGAUGUUUCCACACGGCUCUUCCUACGCAAAUUAACAAGCUAGCACGCAGGUUCUCGUUCCUUUUGGUCUUUCUGAGUUGCAUAUUUUAUUUCUUGUCCCCAAGUAGAGAGUAGUACUGCAAAAGGGACCAUGUUUUUCAGGUGUUUUAAAUUUUUAAAAAACAGAACAGAAUCUUUUAGGAAAUGUCCAGAUCUCAGUUCAUGGAUUCCCCAUUCGUCCCUAUCGUUUUUAGAACAGUGUGCCUCUUCCAAUCGCUGUGUGUGCGUUAGGUCGUGAGACCCGCUGCCCUGAGGGUCUCAGGAGGUGCACUGAAGCCUCCCUGUAGAUACAGUCUCCUAAUGAAAAGCCAAGAAGGAAAUGUAAAUAUAAAUAUAUAUUUAUAUUUGAUGAAUAUGGGCAUCUUCAGACUCUAAUAAACAAGGACAGUUGCUGAGAGCAGGCUGUGACAUUCCCUCUUGUGAAAUGGUUUCCUUGACAAAAUUUAAGCUGAGCUUAAAAGCAAAAGCAGAAAUAUUUAUUAGUGUGUAAUACAGUUUAUUACUCUCCCUGUGUGGAGUUUGAUGGGAAGUCAUGUAGGAGUGUGCCACCACAGGCAUGUGUCAGCCUGCACACGAGGACAGACUCUCCCAUGCAUUACAUAGGACGAGCAGUAUACACAGGUGUGCCAUGUCCUUCGCACCUGCACACUGAGUAGAAGUCACAGAUAGGGCUCCUUACAGACCCUUAAUUGUCAUCUGUUUUUGAUGAUUCUUCACAUUGAAUGCACAGACCAGGAAUUCAGUGAAUGUCAUUUUUUUAAAACUAAUUUGUAUCGUCUGCUCUACUGAUCCAGGUUUUACUAGUGUUAAACUAUUUUGAUCAGCCACACUAUUCUUAUGGGAAAAAGAAAUCUAUUUUGGCAGGUUUCUGUGCCUUUAUUGCCCUCUUCUGGAAAAAAAAAAAAAAAAAAAGUGUCUCUGUAGUUUGGUUUGCAUUGUACAUCAGUAAUGAAUCAGGAAUGGGCUUUGGUGCCUGAGAAGCUGGCCAAGAAGGCACACCGAAGCUUCAAGCACAAGUCUUGUACAUAGGCAUCACCGACUGGGUUCACCUUGUAUGUUUCCUAAACAUGUUUAGCUUUUAUGACAAAUGCUGCAAUCCCAUACUUCCAAGUCCCUUGUGGUGGCAGCAAUACAGGCAUCUUCUAAGGGACCUGUGAUGACCAGCCGUGAGCAGAUGGAUAGAGGCCGUCUGCUCCCCUCUCUGAGAAAUCGGCCGCACCGUGCCAAAAGAAGCUGGGUUUUCUUCAUGCUUCCACCUCUUCUCUUUCCUUUAAAAUCCCCAAAUAGGAAUUUACAUAGGAGUGUGAGGUGUGGUUUCUGCCUUUUAGGGAGAGAUCAAAACUAAACUAGUAUCACAAAAUAUCCUUGAAAUGUUGGGUCAGGAAAUCUGUGUACUUCAUGGGAUGUCGUUGUCAAUCUUGCCGUGGAGUUAGAAGUUAUGUCCCAUCGUAAGUACAUUGCAAGCCGAAAUCUGACAUGGUUCUGCGACUAGAUGGGACUCUAACAUCUACUUCAGCAUUUAUUCAAUAAAUGUCAAGUCAACAGAUUUUGAAUAGUUGGAAUUCAUUGUUAUGGGACUUAACUUGUAAAUCAUCGAGAGAUUUUUUUCUCUCUCUCUCUGUAAUGGUAGCUAAAUAUAUUCCAUGUUAUCACUGUGGAAAUAAAUAUGAAGAUGUGGACAGUG